GCCGGAGCACCCGGAGAGAACCCACGCGGACACGGGGAGAACAUGCAAACUCACAGAAAGGCCGGGACGACCAGGGUCCUGUGGUGUCACUGUUUCAGUUCUGCACCAUCAUGAUGAAACCACAGGCUGCAGAGUCUCAUCAGGGGGUGUGUUUCUGCAUUUUUGCGUGUGUAGUUAAAAACAAACCAACCUGUAAAACUGAAACCUGAAAAACGCCGCUCGCUUACUUGGGUGCAUGUUGCUUCAUCGUGACCAUCUGUCAGUUCGAUGUGGAUCAUGAAGACUGAGAGCAGGUUGGACUUGAUGCUGCUGCUCGUUCUUCUCACAGUCGGUGAAAGUGACGGCAGCUCAGUUGUUGGUCAAACAGGUCAGAGCGUCACUCUGUCCUGUAAAUAUGACAUCACCUAUUAUGGACCUCUGGAAGUCUGCUGGGGUCGAGGUGAAUUACCAAAGUUUGGCUGCAGCGACCAGCUCGUCUCCACAGACGGACAUAAAGUGAUAACCAGAGCUUCCAGCAGGUAUCAGUUACUGGGACGACUGGAGGCAGGUGAUGUUUCUCUGACCAUACUGGACCUCACAGAGACGGAUGCUGGACGGUACGGGUGCAUGGUGGAGAUACCUGGAUGGUUCAAUAAUGACAAACAUCACCUGGAUCUGAUCGUCGAGAGAGCUCCUCUUCAUACCUGCACAGUCAGAUCAACGACCAUCACGGCAACGACAGGAAGUGAUGUCACAGACAACGAACCCACGCAGGUCACACGGGCUCCGGAGAUGUGGAGCACAGCUGUCCAGCAGGUAAACAGUCUGCAGAGCUUUGUUGGAAACACACUGAGAGUCUCCUUCAUCGUCUUCAUACCUGCACUGCUGCUGAUCACCUGUUACAGAGUUUGGAGGAGGAACCAGACUGACAGGAGGCUGAACCAAUCAGAGAAGGAGGACACAGAGAGUCUCUAGCGUUGUUAAAGCCUUUUAUUUUUUCAUAAAUCUUUGAUGUAAUUAAAUUAAAGCUGUUCUCAGUAAAUAAAAUAAAGCUGUUCGUGUUUUA